AUGAGCGACCUGCACCAGGCGACAUUCACCUGGGGCCCAGGUCCCAGCACGGUCUUCAUCGCCGGCGGCUUCAACAACUGGUCCGAGACCGCAUCGCCGCUCACCAAGAUUGGUGACGGCAGCUUCCGCGCUACCAUCCCCGUCCCCUGGGGAGAGAAGCAGGCGUUCAAGUAUGUCGUCGACGGCGAGUGGAAGGUCCGCGAGGACGAGUCCAAGGAGCCUGAUGACGCCGGUAACAUGAACAACAUUUACCAGGCCCCCCCGCAGCCCGCCGCGCCCGUCGAGUCGUCGGCUGCUGAACCGGUUCCCACCACAUCCACCUCGUCCGCUGCCCCGGCCGCCCUGGCAGGUGCUGGAGCUCUGGCCACUGGAGGUGCUGCUACCGUUGCCGCUCUCUCGUCAGGUUCCGGUUCAAAGGACGCUCCUCCAGUCGGCGCUGUUUCUCAACUCCAAACAUUCGUCGCCGGCAUGAACAAGGACACCACCUCUACUGAACAGGUCGUGCCCCAGGCCGCCACCACCACCGAGGCUCGCGAGGCUGUUGUCGCUCCCGUCGCUACCCUCCCCAGCGUUGAGAAGGCCCAGAUCGAGUCCAACCCCGCUUCAGCCAACGUCUCCGACGCCGAGACUCCCGGCAUCAACGACUCGGACGCCCAGCUCUCCGAGGCCGCGAAGAAGGCCAAGAGGAACGCCAAGAAGAAGGCUCAGAAGAAGAAGAAGAAGGCCGCUGGAGGUGACGCCGGUGCCGAGGACGUUGACACCGCCGACGUCGAGGCUUCGACCGAGGCUCAGCCCGAGACCACCUCUAGCCUCUCGGUAGGCCCCACUGCCGCCAUCGCCGCUGGUACUGGUGCUCUGGCAGCCGGCGCCGCUGCCAUUGGAGCUACCGUCGUUGGUUCCAAGAAGGAGACCGAGCCCCAGGCCGACGCCGCAGGUCUCCCAAGCACCAACGACGCCGCCGUCGUCUCGCCCACUGCCACUCGCGAUGUCCAGGUCGACUCGGUCCCUCCUACUGCCGCCGAUGCCCCCGUCGAGCCCUCGCUCACCCCCCGUGCUUCUGUGACCGACAACGUCAACGAGCCGGUCGUCUCGAAGGACGUGACCCAGGACAUUCCCGGUGCUCUCCCCACGGCUGACGUGACCGCCCCCGAGCUCGCCCCCGCGCCCGUUGUCCCUGUCGCCGCUGGCCUGGGUGGUGUCUCGACUGAGCCUGUCGUGGCCCCCACCGAGCCCGAAGCCGUCGCGGUCCCCGCUGUUGGCGACGUCCAGGCCCCCUCGACUGCCGCUGUCUCUGACAUUGCCAGCUCAGCCCCCGCCACUCGUGACGUCCAGGCUCCCGCCGGCCUGGACCUGUCGGCCCCCUCGACUGAGGCCCCCGUUGUCGCCCCUGUUGUUCCUUCGACUGAGGCGCCUGCCGUCGACGUCCCCUCGACUGAGGUUCCUGCUGCCAGCGUCCCCUCGACUGAGGUGCCUACCGUCAGCCCCGUUGCCAACCUCGAGACUCCCCAGGUCGACGCCGCCGCCAAGGCCCCCGAGACGACCUCGGGCAUCUCUGCGGGUGUCCUCGGCGGCGCAGCUGCGGCCGUGGCCGGUGCCGGUGCGCUCGCGUACGGCGCCACCAAGCAGGGCAGCGAGUCGGCCACUGGCGCCGUGGACUCUGUCACCUCGGGAACCAAGGACCUGUCGACUGGCGCGCUCAACACCACCUCGGAGACGGUUGGAUCGGCUGGCAACUUUGCCGUUGACCAGACCAAGAACGUCACUGGAACCGCCACUUCGACUGUCGAAAACGCUGGCUCGUUCGCCACUGACCAGACCAAGAACGUCACCGGUGCCCUUGGCAAGCCCUUCACCAAGGAGGCCUCGUCCAGCUCGGCUGACGACACUCUCCAUGUCCCCAAGGACGGCCUCGGUUCGAAGAUCGGCCGCCGCCUUUCCGGCGCUUUCAAGGGCCUCGGUGGCCACAAGGCCGAGGCCGGUGCUGCUGGCGGUGUGGCCUUUGUCGCUGGUGGCGCCGGUCUCGCUGCCAAGGAGGCUCGCUCCAAGGAGGCAUCGCCCGUCAACGGCACCAAGGACCUCCCUGCCGCCGACGCCCCGGUUGCUGUUGUCCCCGAGACCGAGGCUGCUGCUGUCUCGGCUCCUCUUGCUGAGGCUCCUGCCGCCGUCGGCGAGGUCGAGCCUGUCGCCCCUGUUCAGCCCGUCGAGCCCCUUGCUCCUGUGACCGACGUCCAGGUGGCCCAGGCCGCCGCCACUGAGCCCAUCGUCCCCGCUGUCGACACCCCUGUGCUCACUGCUGAGCGUUCCGCCCCCGCGGUCCCCACUGCCGAGCCCGUGGCCCAGGCUAUCGACACCCCGGCCAACGUCAACGCCGUUGUCCCCGAGGUCGACGGCGCCCAGGCUGCCGCUCCCCAGGUCCCCCCCGUCCCCGAGACCGAGCCCGUCGCCCCGCUUGCGGCUCCCACCACCCCCAGCAAGAACAAGAAGCGCUUCUCGCUCUUUGGCGGCGGCAAGACCGCGGCCGCGGCCGCGACUGGUGCGGCUGUUGGUGUUGGCGCUGGCGCCGUUGCCCUCGGCCAGAAGACGGCCACUUCGACUGUCGACACUGGCAAGAACGUCACCACGGGUGCCGUGAACGCUGGUUCGGACGCCGUUGGCACCGCUACCGACUUGUCCAAGGACUCGUUCACCAAGGUCCAGGACACCGCCACUGGCGCCGUCUCGUCGACGACCGACGUGGCCAAGGACACUGUUGGUACUGCGUCGGGCUUUGCCCAGGACACUGUUGGCAAGGCCACGAGCACGAUCCGCCCUGCCACCACUACUCCUGCCGAGCCCGAGCCUCCCAAGGUCGGCCCCGCCGCCACUGCCGAGAAGGCUGUUGACGUUCCCGAGCCCGCCAGCUCUGGUAUCGACUUUAGCGCCCCCGCGCCGCUCGGUGAGCUUGGCACCAACGUUUCGGGAGCUGUCAGCUCGACCACUGGCGCUGUGCGCGACGGUGUCACCACCUCGACCGGCGCUGCCACGGGCGCCGUCAGCGGCGCGGCUGCCAACGGCAAGUCGUACCUCGGCGACACCCUCAACACUGGCGGCGACUUUGCCAAGAACACGUCGGCGGCGUUCGGCCUCGGCUCGACUCCUCGCUCGGGCACCCCCGUCAAUGACGCCGCUGUCAGCGCGCCCUCGACGCCGGCCGCCCCCGUUGCCGUCAAGGACGCCCCCGUGACCCCUCCCACUCCCGCUCCCGCGACCCCCUCGACUCCCGCGACGCCCAACCUCAACAAGAAGAAGUCGGGCUUCUUCGCCAAGCUCAAGCUCGCCUUUUCGUCCAAGAAGUAG